GACCGCAGCCGCCCGGCGCCGCGCCGCCCCCCGCCCCGGCCGGCCGUUACACCGGAGCGGCGCGCAGGACGGGGAGGAGGCGCUCCCGCGCUGUCGAAGACGCACCUGUGGGGAGCGCCCACCUAGGCGGGAAGUCUCUUAUCUCCCGGCGCGGCGCAGCAUCCAGCAACUCGAGCGGCGGCGGCGGCGCUGAGCCGGGGCUGAGAGGCGGAAUGGAAGGUUUCGUUCGGCUGCUCUUCGGUUACUUGGUGGCGGACUUGCUUACGCUGGUUUGUCGGGCUCAGGAGAAAGCCGGCCAGCAGCUGGGGAGCUUCGUGGUGCUCUCGGGAGGAAACCACUCCAGCCUCGGGGAACAACUAGACCCCUCCGAGCCCCCUCCCACCCCGGACUUCUGCAGGGGCUACUUCGAUGUGAUGGGGCAGUGGGACCCUCCCUUCAACUGCAGCUCGGGGGAGUUCAUCUUCUGCUGCGGCACUUGUGGCUUCAGAUUUUGCUGCAAGUUCAAGAAGACAAGGCUGGAUCAAAGCACCUGCACGAACUACGAGACGCCGCUGUGGAUGAACACUGGGAAGCCUCCUUCCCGCAUAGAUGACCCUCUGCACGACCCCACCAGGGAUAAAACCAACCUCAUCGUCUACAUUAUCUGUGGGGUUGUGGCAGUUAUGGUGCUGGUGGGAAUCUUCACCAAACUAGGGCUGGAAAAGGCACACAGACCUCAGCGGGAGCACAUGUCCAGGGCUCUUGCUGAUGUGAUGCGACCACAAGGUCCUUGUACAACAGAUCAUAUGGAAAGAGAUCUCAACAUUGUAGUACACGUGCAACAUUAUGAAAACAUGGAGACAAGACCUCCUCCAAAUAAUUUACAUCCACCACAGAUGAAUAACGUUAUGCCAACAUCCCCCCUCCUUCCUCAGAUGGCACAUCAACACUCAUAUCCCAGCUUGGGACAGAUCACAAACCCAUACGAGCAACAGCCCCCAGGCAAAGAGCUUAACAAGUACGCCUCCCUAAAGGCAGUUGCUGACAAAGUCAACGAUGACUUCUACACCAAACGCCGACAUCUUGCAGAACUGGCUGCCAAGGGGAGCCUUCCACUGCACCCGGUGCGCAUAGAGGAAGACAGAGCAUACACAAUCGACAGCGGCCUAACCAAACAGAACGGGCAGAAAUCCAAAAUGGCAAAGAUACACACGCACCCAUUAGGCUACAAUUCCCAUUACAAGACCUGGGAUCCAAACGACCAGUCUCUUAGACGGCAAGCAUAUGCAAACAAGGGGAAAUACAGUAUGGGAGACCCAACAUUAAGUGACCCACUGACAACUCGGAGUCAGAAUUAUUUGGGCCCACAGCCAUACUUCAUAACCAACAGCAAGACAGAAGUAACUGUUUGAGCUUUUCUUUUCCUGUUUUUUUU